UGGUCACAUAUUGGCUUCUCUGAUGAUCGACCUCACAGCCUAUCACAACUCUUUCUUCCACGGUCCAAAGGAGCUCUUCUGGAUGUUAAACUUACUUCGACCGACAUCUACGACUCAGAGUAUGAAGCAAAUAUGAAAGAGGGAAUGGAUAUUCUCAGCGAGCAUGUUUCAAGAGUUGGUUCUCUUACCAUCGAUGCAGCUACAGACACACAGCUUGGUCUCCUCGCGACGUUCUUGGAGAGCUGCGAGGCCCAAUGGAUUGCUCGUGGUCAGACUCAACCAACUUUGCGGAGGCUGAAGUUGAUAGACAGCGCCGACUCCGACUACGACUCUGGCUCCGACUCUGAUUCCGAUUCGGAAGAUAUUAUCACACCAAACAUAAAUCAGAAACGCCUUUCCCCCAAUAAUCUUCAGACCCUACGAGGCCUAGAGGAUGUCGUGUUGUCGGGAACAUCAUUGCCAUGGCACAGUCCGGUGUUCGAAGGACUGAAGCGGUUGUCCCUAGAGAACUUGCAAAACGAGGUGCUCCCGUCUGAGCGCGAAUUUAUUUCCAUUAUCCGGAAUUGCCCUUUACUGGAAGAGUUGGAACUCGCCAACGCGGGCCUCAGACUCGAAAAAUGGGAGGGCAUCGCUGAGAUGCGACGCCGAACGCAUUCAAGUGACCUGAAUCGAUUGGAGUCGUUAUGUCUUUUCCAGCUGCCAUGGAAUGUGAUGAUGUUCAUUCUCCACCUCGUUAAUAGUCCAAACCUGAAAAGUCUGUGGAUAGCUCUGCCCACAGCAAUAAGGGACCAGGAUAGUAUUGUCGACCACGACGAGGAGAUUUUCCGAGAUGUGCAUUUGCUAAAAAGCAUUGCGGCGUUCAUCGACCGCAUUUCUGAGAAAUCAGCUUUACGCACCUUACACAUUGGAUCCUUUUAUGGAACCUCUGUGUGGGAUGAUGGCAAGCAUACGAACCCGCACUUAAUGGAGGUGUUAAGGGCAGUCCCCAGCUGUCUUCACACUCUUGAGCUUUAUCAUAUUGUCGUCGGAGAUGAUGUCUUGGAAUCUCUUUCCGCCAUUGCACCAACUCCAUCCGCACCAUCAAACCCUCAUACCGGGGCGCACUCGGUGUCCGCAUCAAUAUCCAGUAUCGUGAGUGUCCCACUUCGGUUUCUCCCCUCCCAACAUCGUUUGCACAGUUGCACCCGAAGAUCAUCCCGAUUUGUCCAUCGCUCCAAGUUCUCAAGCUUCUACGGAUUGCUGAUGUUACCGCGGAAGAUUUGGAAAAAUGUAAGGCUCAUGUCUUAAUUUGCAUUGCCUCCUUAGCCUCUGCCUUCAUUAGUGCUAGCAAUCCGAAAAAAAUGGGGGGUUCCAUUAACAUUGGAAAUAGGUCUGCCGAUGUCUGGCUUCAGUAGGGAAAGAGGAGAGUUUGAAGCGCUAGAGCCGCUUUGCCGUUCUUUAUCUAUACGAGAAGUGUUGUAAUAUCAACAAUCGGUUCUAAUGGCGGAGUGGCAAGGGGGAAUAAGAUUGUUGGUGGCGAAGUGAGGUUUGGGGGCUUGUACUUUACACCCCCAUUUUUCUUCUUUAUGCGACAGGCUCGCUGGUGUAGCUCGCCUGAGAACUUACGCGUCAUAGCCUUAUAUUUAAAAAGAAGUGUGCUAGGCUGCCACCGUGCUGAGUCUGCUAGACCCAAUACAAGAUGCAAUCAGUUGUGUAGAUGAUGGUACAGAGCCAUACACAUUGCAUGGUCC